UGCCAGCUCAACGCAAAGAUUAAAUGCACUCCAAAUGGAAUUUAUUUUGAAGCAACUGACAACAGUGAAGCCUUCAUGAUGCCACUGGGCCCACAGAUGACCCCACAAGUGACAAAUCAUGACCCCGAAGACCAAGUAUUUUGGAUGAAACUCACGUCACCUACUUCUUUCCUCCAAUUGGAGUGGGAAACAUGGAGACCUCUGAUAAUGAACCACUAUGACAAGUCCAAAGAGCCCUUCCUCCCUCUCCAUUGCACCAUGUUUUAUGACAAAGGACAGAAACAGGAAGACUACGAGGAAAGCUGGGAUGAAGAAAUUAACAACAAAACAACUGUCAUCCAAUAUGCUGACAUAAUGGUUGGGCCACAAGGAGCCGCAGCCGUUGUCAAGUUUCCUGAAAAAGACAUUGCUGAAUGGUUCCAGGUCGCUGACUCAGCACCGCAUGUCACAUUGCUGAUUGCUGACAAGUACGAGUCACAUGACCUGGGUCCCAUGAUUCAAGAAGCCAAGAAAGUCACCGAAUGGAUUGAUACGGCGUGGAACCGGAUCAGUGUAUCAAAAGAUGGACUAUUCUUCAAGAUCUCAUUUUCACAAGCAGAUGAAGCAAUAGCAGAACACAUCAAAGUGCCUGGGAAAAGACAAAUGGCGGUGACUGAAGAGCAUGCAUCACUAUUAGAACAAGUUCCUGAGCAGGUGAAAGCAGCUCACAACCGAGACGAGACACGUAUCCCAGUGGACGUCAGAGACGUCCAAGUCGGUGACAAAGUGUUCAUACGAGUGUUUAAACGUCAGUGGAACGAACCUCGUAGGGAAGGGCCUUUUAAAGUUGUUCUUACCACUCCCACUGCCCUAAAAGUUGAAGGUAAGCCCUUCUGGUUCCAUAAAAACCACUGCACACGUCAUCGUCCACCAGACCCACCUGGCCUUGAUCCAGGACCGACGGGCUCUGCGCAUGCUGAAAGGGCAGCAGCAAGUCUCCCUCCGCAUAACACCAUAGCACAUUCACAGGCGUCUGAUGUCGUACCUGGGGCGAGCGCUGAUGCAUCCUCGACCCCGUCAUCAUCUGAUGGCCAGAGACGAUCAGCCCGCUUGGCAGCCCGACGGUCUCCACUGUCAGGGGACUCUGAGAAUGAUAGUGUUCAUUCUUUUGUUUCCGAUUCGCCUUCUGACUCUGGCAGCAGUAAUGCUGAUUCUCCUGCCACUCAGAGUCCUGGCAGGCCUGUCUCAGACUCACCCAGCCCUGAGGCACUGGAAGAACCUUUUUUUCCUCACUCAUCAGACAGUGCUGGAACUGUUUCCCCUUCCUCACCUGCACCUUCCCUACCCCCUCCCUCCCUUUCCACUUCCUCGGACAGCACGUCUGGGUCGGCGAGCGGGUCGUGUCCGCCCACUCCAUCGCCGUCUGGGCGUCUCUCGUAUGCGUCUUCUUCCGAAACUGACUAGUUUUCUUCUUUUGUUAACCCUUUUCGGGUUAACAAGGGGGGAUCUUAUUAAGCUCACCACUAACAAUGCACACUCACACUCACACUUAAAGCGUCAAACAGAGACAUGUGCACUAGCAAUGAUAACACUAGCUACUAACCAGGGGAUAAUCAGCAAUAACGGUGGGGAGAAUAAAUCAUUAAUGCAUGUGCAAACUGAAGGUUAUGACUAUGUGAUGUCUGAAGAAAUUUUAGGAGACGAGUCAAUGGGAAAACAUUGGCUUGGAACUCCACAAAGCAUGGACUGCCGUGGGGAUGGGAUGGUGAUCAUUACGGUAAGAUGCAAGACAGACAUGUGCCAAAACAUACUAACAAAGCAAAUAAUGACGAUAGAAAAAGCUCAUAGAGUAGUAAAGUUAAUAAACAAAAGACAGAAAAGGGAUUUAAGUAUUUUAAAAACGUCACAUUGGGAGACAAACAUGUUCCAACAAUGGAUACAGUUCUCAGUUCAGACAAUGUUUGAAGCUAAAAAUCGUCCUAAAGAUGAUUGUAUCUUCUGCUAUAAUGCUAAGAAAUUACCAUCCCUUCAGAUUAUACCUGGAAGUAAAAUAGGUGAUUGCCCAGACAUAUCAGAGUGCUUUGCUUUCU